CACUCUCACUAUGGUGGAUACCCGGCCCUCAGUGAACAGUGUUUGCCCCAAAGUGGGUAUUGCCACAAGGCCUGGGGGCAGAGAAACCCUUGGGUGAUGGAGUGACCGUGGGACCAAGCUCUCUCUCUUCCGCAGGCGAGCUGACACUGGCGGACAUUGCGCAGAUGCCGCACCGCACGGAGACGGCGGCGGUCGGGAUCGGCAGCGGCUUCGAGCGGCGGCUGCUGGAGGGGCGCGCCGCCGACAUGUCGGUCCGGUGGCAGGCGCCGGCGGCGAGCCACGGCGUGGGCACGAGCGGGGUCGAGCGUCUGCGAGACGUCUGCCUGUCUGGGCUCCUGAGGCUGAGCGUCCCGGCGCGGGCCCGACGGGAGACGGGGGACUCGCAGCCGCUCCGGCGCUUCCUGCUGCAGGAGUGGCGUUGCCUCCAGAUGCGACUCUGUCGCAGCGUGUGCGCGCUGAGUCGCGCCCUGGAAGAGCUGGAGGGAGCGCGCGUCUGUAGCGCGGGCACCCGGCAGCUGUAUGAGGCGCUGGAGGAGGGUCGCGUUCCCUGCACCUGGUGGCCAGGAGCGCGCACCCGUGCCCCGCUCCCGCUCCCGCUCCCGCUCUGGCUGCGGUACGUGGAGUCCACGGUCCGCCUGCUCGACGAGUACCUGCACGGCCCCGUGCCCGCCGCCUACAACCUGUCUGCCUUCUGCCGGCCGCGGGCCUUCCUCUUCUCAAUCCUGCAGCAGCGCGCCCGCGAGGAACAGCGCGCCCUCGACACCUAUUGUGUCCGCGCACAGGUGCUGAGCAUCUUCCUCCCUCCCACCAGUCCUCCAGGGAAUGGCGUCUACAUAACUGGGCUCCAGUUGCACGGAGCCCUGUGGGAUAACAGGUUGGGUCUACUGCAAGACACGUUCUCUGACAAACCGUGCAGCAUGCCAAUGGUGUUGUUCACAGCUGAAAUAGCAACAGAGACAUCAGGCAGCCCUUCACCUCACCCACAGUAUGAGUGCCCUGUUUACCUGGGAGUAGAAAGCGAGGCAGUGGACCUGACAGACAACAACCUCAUCACUUACCUCUGCCUUGGAUCGAAGAUGGACCCCCUGGUGUGUGCCCAGAGGCGGGUUCACAUUGUCAGCCUUCUCUGAAGACCAGUUGCUCGGUGCCAACAGCUCAUCAAAAUAAAACUUUGAAUAAGUAAUAAAGAUAUAUUUAUACAGAAGUUAUUUGACUGGUGUGGACAUGUUAGGUAAUGUGACAAUUAAAGAAUGGUAUCACCCACCCCGAAUCAUCAGUUCAUUGCUUACAUCAUAAAGAUUCAACACAUUCAGAGAGCCAACCUUCCCCUGAAUAAAAAGAGUCCAUGCUGUCUACAGGAUUCCCAUUCUCCUGCAUUAGUGACAGGCUUUGGCUCAAAGGUAGCUUCAGCUAGGAAGAGGCGUCAGCUCUGUGUAAAGCGUCUGUUAAGGUUUCCUUUUUGCUUUUUUUCUUCUCUUACUGUAGCAUGUAAAUAGCUGUGGUGUGUUCUUGGUGCCAGAUGUUGGAGAAUUGGGAGACCCAAAGUCACUGGGGAACUACAUCUGCGUGAAGUGCAUCUGGCUGCAGCUCCUUGAAGGGAUCUGGAGCAGCAACUGGAUGACUGGCCUGUACGGGAGAGUGAGGAGACCAUCGAUCCAAUUACAGGGAAGUAGUCACCCUGAAGUUGCAGGAGGCGAGUACCUGCAUGACUGUCAGGAGAAAUGGAAGUGUGAAUAGGCAGUUAGAGCAGAGCACCCCGUGGCCAUUCCCCUUGAAAACAAGUAUACCGUUUUGGAUACUUUGUUGGGGAUGACUACCCAGGAGAAUGCCAUGGCAACCAGUUUACAGGCACAGAGCUUGGGACUGUGGUGCAGAAGGGAAAGAGAGAGAU